AUGAUUAUGAUGGUAUCAGAAGAGUCCGCAAUGUUUUGGAUAAAUAUGGAAAGCAGAAAUCAAGCAAGCCGAAGAAGUGCAGAUUCGACAAAUCUCCCAGGUGAUGCUGUCAGGUCAAUCGAAAGGCAAUCGUCCUCGGAGCAGCCAAGUGAAGAUGGUGACAACGCUGCAUCUUUGUCUGGAUCUGUCAUCACCGAUGACGCUUCUGGAGCUAUUGAACGACAGAGCUCUCGCUCCAUAACACCGAUGAGCACACAAUCCAGCGGAGUUGAUCGUCUCACAGAAUUACUCGAGAAACUAAACAGUUUCGGACAGCGUCCCACACCUGAGCAAAAGUAUAACAGGUUUAUUGCUGAGAGACGAGAAUUGCGCGAUCGAGAAAUUGCACUGCAAGAGGAAGUGCGGAUUCGAGGUCUAGCUCGACUAGCGUCACGAGAGCAGAUCGAGGAACAGGCGCGUCGACGGCUCGAGCUCAUAGGAAUACGACCUCCCGCGCCAAAGCCUAAAGUCAAGGACGAAUUUCCACGUCAGUUGUUUUCUUCUACAGCAAUACUAUUUGAAUAG